CGUAUGGAUGAUAAUAAUUCAUUGGAUGAAUCAUUAUCAAGUUUUGAUGAUACAAGUUUAAAUCAAACAAAACAACGAAAUAAUAAACGUAUGAAAAAACAAACAACAACCAGAAGAAAUGAACAUCGUAGUAGUAGUCAAGUUAUUAAUGAUUAUAAUGAUUACCGAAAUGAUGUUGAUAAACAAACAUUUUUGACACAUAAAUUAAAUAGCCAGAACAAUAAUGAUAAUGAUUUUAAUGUUGUGGUCAAUGAUGAUAAACAAACAUCGUUUGAUGAACAACAGCAACCACAACAACAACAAUCGAUACAUUCAAAUGAUCAGUUUAUAACAAAAGUAUCUUCUGAUUUACAAAAACAACAACAACAACAACUCAAUCAUUUUGGUAAUAAUAGCCCAACAAAAAAUCUGAAAACAACAACGGAAGAAUUAUGUGAAUAUGCUUAUAUUGUAUAUAAUCCUCGUUCAAAUUCUAUAGCCAUGUCUCGUACAUUGAAUAAUUUAAUACCACCAGAUACAACAAUCAUCUAUAAAGUUGAUGAAACAUCAAAUAAUGAAGAUAAAAUACGUAUUAAAAGCCGUAAUGGAAUUACUUCGGAUGAAUGUAAUGUAAGUAAAUUUAAUUUUUUCCUUAAAGAUUGUCAAAAUGAUGGUGAACAUCUCAAUUCAUUAACAUCAACAACAACAACAACAAACGAAACAGAACAAAAAAAACUUUCGGUAAAAGAUGAUGAAGCAAUUCAUGUUGAUGAUCAAACAGUUUUUGUCUAUUCAACUAAAGCUCCACAAAGCCUUAAGAAUCAAUGGGCAUCAACAACAACAACAACAACAACAAAAGCAACAUCAAAUACAAAAUUGAUUGCCAAUGAUAAUCAACCAUCAAUCGUUGAAGAAACCACAAAACCAUAUUCUUUCAAAAAAGGUAGUAAAAAACCACGAUCAUUAAUCAGAUCUUUAACCACUGAAGACAGUGAAGAAGAUGAUAUAUCUGCAAGACAAAGAAAUCGUCAUCGUGCAUUACCGCGUAAAUUAAAAUCUUCAAAAAUUGAUCAUCGAAAACGAAAAUCAAUACAUCGUCGUCAUCAUCAGUCGUACAUUCAUAAAAAACGUAGAAAAUCCAAACGAGAAACAAAAAGAAAACGAUAAAAUAAUCCUGUGUGUAUAAAGAAUAUA